AUGGGAAAUUUUCCAACUUAAAGUUCUUUUCUUUUGCAUCUAAGUCAUAAUGGGAGCAAACUCUGCUACUCCUCUGCAAUUUGGUUCUUUUAUGAUCAAUUGGUAUCUUUUUCUCUUCUUUUCCCUUGUUUGCUUGUUCUUUUCAAAUUUAAAGCAUUUUAAGAAUUUCCCACACACACUGCACACUGGCAUCUGUAACAAACUAGACUUUCCUAGUUCUCACAUGUAUCAGAUAGUUCUUUCUUUCAUAGACAUUGGUAGCUUAAAAUGGUAGCAGAGCUCUUGUUGGUCAACUAAAGAUUUCAUGGCUGAUGUAUUGUAGGCUCAUUAUCCAAAUAGCUCAAGCUUUUAUGCAAGUUGGUAGCUUAACAAACUCUAAUUAGCAUUUGAUUCUGUUUUAGAGGGUUGCCCUUCUGUGUUGGUCUUCAACCAUGAGCAGCUUGCAUUCUUAUAGUAGCAGAAUGGCAAGAAAAAAGCGCUUAGGAUCCGUCUCCUGUGUUGGCCUUCAACCAUGAGCAGCUUGCAUUCUUAUAGUUGUAGAAUGGCAAGAAAAGAGUGCUUAGGAUCCCUCUCUUCUGUGUUGGCCUUCAACCAUGAGCAGCUUGCAUUCUUAUAGUUGCAGAAUGGCAAGAAAAAAGGACCCUUCUAAGUCAGCCUACUCUAGACUUCAACCAUGAGCAGCUUGCAUUCUGAUAGUUGCAGAAUGGAAAGAAAAAAGGAUCUGGCUACGAGGAGGACGAUUGGUUUGGGUAAACAACGUGAUGGACUAUACUAUUUGGUGGCACUAGCGACGGAGAAAUCUCUAACCAACCAUUCCUCAUCCACAAACCAACCAGCCUGCAAUCUCGCCAUCUCUUCCACUGAUCUCUGGCACAGUUGCUUAGGCCAUGUAUCACCUUCUCGUUUGAGUUUCAUUGCCAAGAAUUUUUUGAAUUUUUCUGUUCAGUCCAAUAAUGCUUGCCCUAUAUGUCCUUUGGCUAAGCAAAGUCGUUUACCUUUUGGUACUAGUGCUAUUUCUUCUACAAAACCUUUUGAGAUUAUUCAUUGUGACAUUUGGGGACGUUAUCGACACCCUUCUCUGUUUGGUGCCCAUUACUUUCUCACUAUUGUCGAUGAUUAUACACGUUUCACUUGGAUAUUUUUAAUGCGACAUAAAGAUGAAGCACAAUCACUUUUAAAACGUUUCUUCAGCUAUGUGUUCACACAAUUUGAAUUUCGCAUUAAAACUUUUCGAAGUGACAAUGGUAAAGAAUUUACCUCACUUCGUUCCUUUUUCCAAGAUAAUGGUGUCAUCUUUCAACAUUCUUGUGUUUACACGCCUCAACAAAAUGGGGUUGUGGAACGCAAACAUCGUCAUAUUUUACAAGUAGCCCGAGCUUUGAAAUUCCAUGCUCAAGUUCCCACUCAAUUUUGGGGGGAGUGUGCUCUCACUGCCGUACAUAUCAUCAAUCGGUUACCUUCACCAAUAUUGUCUUUCAAAACUCCUUUUGAAUUGCUUUACUCAAAACCACCUUCUUACUCCCAUCUCCGUGUUUUCGGAUGUUUAGCCUAUGCCACCAAUGUUCACACCUCUCACAAAUUUGAUUACCGUGCCAUGCCAUCCAUCUUCAUCGGUUAUCCUGUUGGUCAGAAAGCAUACAAAUUAUUUGAUUUAUCAACAAAAAAGGUCUUUACUAGCCGAGAUGUCAAAUUUCAUGAAGAUAUUUUUCCUUAUGUCUCUCUCAAGCCCAACUCUACUCUCCCUUCGUUGACCCAUAAUUCUGGUCCAAUCCCCUUGGUGGCCCACGACAUCUCUUCCUCAUUUGACUCUACUUCUCACGCACUUUCCCCUCUUCUUUCCAACCACACAAGCACACCGUCUCCCGCCACAGAAAAUGAUGACUUUUCCUCUCCUUCUCGACCUUCCGAACUCAUUAUGGAACCUUCUUCUCAGAUUGAUCCAAACCCUUCACCAUCGCCUUCUACAACUCUAGUAUCGCCUUCUCCGGGGCCACCGUUUGCAUCCAUCCCGUCCGCUCCUCCAGCUGAGACACCCAUCUUUUCACCAGAAACACACUCACCCAAACCAGCCACUCCGCUCCGUUGCUCCAGCCGCCAUAUCGCCCCGCCAAUCAAGCUCCAUGAUUAUGUUUGCUCCCACGUUUCCUCCAAUCAAUCGUCUUCCUUGAUUCCAGGUCCAACUAAAGGUACACGAUAUCCACUGGCCAAUUAUGUUUCUUAUCACAGAUAUAAGCCUGCAUAUAGAUCUUUUGUUGCUCAACAUAGUGCUGUCACAGAACCCAGGUCUUAUUCAGAAGCAGCCGCUCAUCCUGAGUGGCAGAAGGCAAUGUGUUCUGAGUUGCAAGCUCUCCAAGCUAAUGGCACUUGGUCUCUCACUCCACUACCGGCCGGCAAGACACCGAUUGGUUGUCGAUGGGUGUAUAAAAUUAAACACCGUUCAGAUGGGUCUAUUGAGCGUUACAAAGCACGAUUGGUAGCGAAAGGCUUUACUCAAUUAGAAGGUGUUGAUUAUCAGGAUACCUUUUCCCCCACCGCCAAGAUCAUAUCUGUCCGCUGCUUGCUUGCAUUGGCCGCAGCCCGUGGCUGGUCUAUUCAUCAAAUGGAUGUUAACAACGCUUUUCUUCAUGGCGACUUACAUGAGGAAAUAUAUAUGUCUCCGCCGCUAGGGCUUCGGCGACAGGGGGAGGAAAACUUGGUAUGUCGCCUUCAUAAAUCACUCUACGGUCUGAAACAAGCUUCUCGCCAGUGGUUCGCCAAGUUCUCAGAAGCUAUUCAAUCCGCUGGUUAUGCACAAUCUCGAGCCGAUUAUUCUUUGUUCACCAGAAAACAAGGCAAGUCCUUUACUGCCCUCUUGAUAUAUGUUGAUGAUAUUCUGAUUACUGGAAAUGAUCCUGUGAGCAUUGCUACAACAAAAAAUUUUCUGCAUAGUCAUUUUCAUCUCAAAGAUCUGGGUGAUUUAAAAUACUUUCUUGGCAUUGAGGUUUCUGCUUCUAAAAAUGGGAUUUUUAUUUCCCAACGUAAGUAUGCAUUAGAGAUUAUUGAGGAUGCAGGAUUGUUGGGCGCUGCCCCUAUUGAUACACCUAUGGAACGAGGAUUGAAAUUGUCUGAUAAGAGCGAUUUGCUCAAGGAUCAAGGUCGUUAUAGGAGAUUGGUUGGAAGGUUAAUAUAUCUAACUGUGUCGAGGCCAGAUAUCACUUAUGCAGUUCAUGUGUUAAGCCGGUUUAUGCAUCAACCGAGAAAGGCUCAUAUGGAAGCAGCGUUCAGAGUUGUACGUUAUCUCAAGAAUGCACCUGGUCAGGGUCUGUUCUUCUCUUCGAAUAAUGAUUUCAGAUUGAGAGCCUAUUGUGAUUCUGAUUGGGCAGGUUGUCCACUUACUAGAAGGUCCACUACAGGCUACUGUGUAUUCCUUGGACCUUCACUGAUUUCUUGGAGAUCAAAGCGACAGAAAACAGUGUCACUCUCUUCAGCCGAAGCAGAGUAUCGUGCAAUGACAGGAGCUUGUUGUGAGUUGACAUGGCUUUGGUACCUUUUGAAAGAUUUGGGUGUUUUACAUAAGGAACCUGCCUUGCUGUAUUGUGACAACAAGGCAACGUUGCACAUUGCAGCCAACCCUGUUUUCCAUGAGCGUACUAGACACAUUGAGAUGGAUUGUCACUAUAUUAGGGACAAGAUCCAAGAUGGUUCCAUUAUUACAAGACAUGUGAGCUCAGCGCACCAACUUGCAGACAUUUUGACUAAACCAUUAGGAAAUGAGUUUUUUGCUCCUAUGAUUCGCAAGUUGGGAGUGCAGGAUAUCCACUCUCCAACUUGAGGGGGAGUGUUGGAAAGUCAAUCUUUCUAAAUCUUCCAUAUUAAGAAUAGAUGAUUUGUAUAUGUUAGUUUUCCUAUUGUAAUUCCUGACUUAUAGAUGGAUAGUCUAGAAUAUGGUAAGCUGAUUCCUGACUUGUAGAAAAAGAUCUCAAAUCUCCUUGUAUAAAUACACACUUCAACAUCAAUAAUAAUUAUUCAGCCAAUUCUUCUUC